GGGGUCGGAGUGGAAUCGGGAAUGCCGUGGGAGGAUGACAACGCGCUCGCGGAUGACCAAGCGAACCUCCGUUUCUUGGAGCGCGUGAGGGAAAGUAUCGAUGUCGUGCUCUCGAGCGGUAGCGUGGAAGACGGUGUGGCACUUGGUGCAUGCUCGGAGAUGAUCGAGUACGCUAGGAGCUUCAAGCACGUGUUGGGCAGCCAAGAUACGGACGUCAUCCUACCGGGAUACGAAGGAUUGUUGAGGCGACCCAUGCUCGUGGAUGCAACGGCUCAAGCCCUGCUCAACGAGGCGGACAGCGCGGACGGUGGGACCAGGGGGUCGACCAUAAAAACCUGCGCCAACAAUGCUUGCUAUUUCAACGCCGUUGCGUUGGGGGGGUUUGGUGCCAGGUACAAAACCCCUGACGAAGCGCUGGAGCUGUCUCUGUCGGUGCGUGUAGCCGUAAUCCGGGCGGCCCUAGUACAUUUGCAGACAUUCAUCAGCGGUCCUGGGUACGGUGGCUUCUACUGUACGCUGCAGGCGUAUUCCGCGAAAGAAGUUGAGGGCGCUUGGAGGCUCGGGUGCAGCAAGCCUGAGGUCUUGACAGAGAGCGUAGCGCGAGUUCUGUACCUGCUUGCCGUGCGAGAGGUCGCUGGCGAGUUCAGCGACAGCCAACAGGCGGCCAUACCGUGGAUAGCACAAGCGUUUGGGGUGAAGAUGCGGUGCUUUCACCCAGGUGGGUCGAUGAAGGAUGUUGAGGGUGGGGCGUCGUUCGCCGGGAAAUGGAGCAAGGAAUUGGUCAGUCCGCUCAACCCCUCUGGGGUUGAGUCAACCAUCUACCUCACGAUGUCCAUCACGUCUCACAAGCACGCGUUCAGAAGCAUCCACGAGUUCACGGAGACAACUCGCCGCUGGGAACGCGGUGUCGAUGGCGAACUCCACCAAAUGCGAUGGAUGCCUGAUUUCAAUCACUGGGUGCUCAUGUUGCCCCCGGCAAACGCAGGUGCCCUUCAGGCCUUUUCCCGGAGUUAGCUGCGAGAAAGUCUUCCGGGAAGGACUCCAAGCUUGCGUCAAGGUUGGUAUCCGCUGGACGCCUGCAUCGACAACAACAGAAUACAAGAAAUCAGCGAUCGCGCACAUGAUACGGGAAAAAAAUAAUCAUGCGCGAACAUGGUGUUGCCGUUUCGCCAAACGCGUGAGAAUCUCCCUCUUCAACAAAGACAUCCACUGUGGGAGAAGAAAGACCCCCAUACGUGCUAUAAGGAGCGUGGCCCGUGCCUGUCAAAAGGGCACACGGCCUUUGCAGGCAUGCACCCAGAACCUGUCUGUCAACUGGAGAUUUUACCAUUGCAAAUCCGAGCACUUGGCACCUCUGGCAACAGCCAAAACCGAAAAUCAAGCCAUGAAACGUGAGCAACGGUGAUUAAUAUCGGGGGGGGGGGGGGGGGAAUAACGACUCGGAGCGAACUCACAGAAAGGAUCGGGGGCGAAAUUAUCGUGUCCAUGAAAAACCAGGGACAUUUUGUGUUGUUCUGUACCACCUCGUUAUGUUCACGUUCCAUGUCGGGCCUGAGCACAACCUACCAUCCGCAAUACAGUCGAAUGACUUUUACAUUUGAACUGUUGUCAGAAGAUUUUUUGUCGGCUGCCCCCUGUGUUUUCUGAACGUCUAUGUGCAAGGAAAUUUCCUGCGGGGUAUUUUCAAGUUACUGAACAGAGGUAGAAUGUCCUUACCCCGAGCUCACGUCGUUGGUGAGAACUUCGCACGUGGAUCGAAGACGGGUCGCGACGGCGUCCGUGGGCCCACCGCACAUGUCCAAAACGCAUCCCGUGAUACCCACAGCACCCAGCAAAGCAUCCACCGCCUCAGGCGAAGUGCAGUACCUAUCAAGCCACCGACGCUUCAGGUCUAUGCUUAUCGAUCACUCCAGUCUCCGAGCGCUGGUCCAUUUGGUCAACUCUACGGGGGGUCAACUUGUCGUCAAAGUUCGCCAAACAGAGCGGCGGAACAACGGUGCGUAAAACAGGCCGCCAGACGGCUUCAGGCCAACGACUCGGUUUUCUCCCACCCAAGGACAAUAUUGCCAAAUCAAAAGACUCACGCAUGUACUAUGUGACGUUC